UUAUACUAAAUAAAACAUAAGUUACUUUAUCGGUAAUUGCGAAAGCUAUGUAAAGAUUUAAGUUCUGUUGUUCCUGUCGCAGUAUACUAUAAAAAUUCUUGUGAAAAAGGCCAGGAAACAGGAUUCCUGCGAAGAAAUUAAUCGAGGGACGAGCAUAUCAGAACUGUCGAUUGAGGAAAACUAAAGGUGACCGGAUCAAUCGUUGUGUAAAAAUUCGAUUAUGAAAAGAUAAAUAUUGUGACAAUUUACAGAAAAGAAAUAAUGAACAUCAUGAGGAAAAUCGGCAACCCCGCGGGUGAGAGAAACAAGGAUCCAAUUCUCGCCGUUUUGAAGCGUUUAUUUGUUAAACACGAACCAAACUUACAACUCCUGGAGAUUUCAUCGGGAGUCGGCUUACACGCCGCGUACUUCGCUCGUGAGUUCCCAAACAUCACGUUUCAGACGUCGGAAUUCGAGACAAACGUGUUCGGCAGCAUCGAAUCGUACCGACAAGAGGCUAAAACUGAGAAUGUUCUUCCUCCGGUGUACAUCGACAUUUCUCAACCAUGCAGUGAAUGGUGCAACGACGCUAACAUAAACCUGGCGACUUCGGCUGAACGUUUCGAUUACAUGCUAAACAUUAACAUGCUGCACAUUUCCCCGUUCGCCUGUGCGGAAGGAUUGUUUCGUAAUGCGGGACAGCUACUAAAACAGGGUGGUCUUUUGAUAACGUAUGGUCCGUAUGCGGUUAACGGAACCCUCGUGCCAGAGAGCAACGUGAGCUUCAACCAAUCGCUUCAACAACGGAAUCCUGAGUGGGGUAUUCGUGACACUAGUGUGCUGCAAAAGCUAGCUACUCUUAACGGCAUAACGCUGGAAGAAAUGAUAGAUCUUCCAGCAAACAACAAAUGCUUGGUUUGGAAGAAAUUGACAAAUGUCUAAUGAUUAUUCCAUGUUUAUUACGCUCUAACAAAAGACAAAUACAUAUUUCCAUACAACGGUGCCACGUUUUGUGUUUGCAAGCGAAAAUCUUCGUUUUAUAA